AUGUCCGAGAAGCAACCCCCUGCCGUUGUCGAGGGCGCCACCGCCGGUGACGUCGAGGAGGAAGUCCAACCCGCCAAGUCCGCCGAGGACCGCAAGGCUGCGUCUGCGCUCGCCAGCCUUGAUGCCCGUGGCGACGAUGCUUCCGAAGAUAAGGUGGAUGCCGAAGCUGCUGCAAAGGCCAUCAAGGGCUUGGGAAGUGCCACCGCAGCUAAGAAGGAGGUCAAGAACGUUAAGGUCGACGCUGCCGACGUGGCGCUGUUGGUUGACGAGCUGGAGCUCACCAAGCCCAAGGCAACGGAACUAUUGAAGGCCAAUGAUGGCGAUGCGGUCAAGGCGAUGAAGGCAUACAUGAAUGCAUGA